AUAAAUACAACUAUUGUCCCAACAUGAAAACUCGGUACUAUAUGUAACUGUAUGUAUGACAAGAAGGAGGUUCUCAAUAAUGGUCCCGCCAAAAUGGAAGCUCUUCAAUUUCAGGGGACUCCAUUGCAGGCACCUCUGUACUAUCACCGUCGGUCCUUAUUCUCCUCCACGCCUAUCUCUUCUAGCGGACCAAUGCACUUCAAUGCACCAACUGAAGCAAAUCCAUGCCCAAAUGAUCAUCACUGCCCGUAUCCACGACAAUUAUGCUGCCAGCCGCUUACUAUCCUUCUGUGCUCUCUCGGAAUCAGGCAAUGUUUCUUAUGCCUUAAAACUUUUUGAUAGUAUCAACGAACCCAAUUCAUUCAUGUGGAACACUCUCAUUAGAGCUCAAGCUGGUAGCUCAAAUCCCCAACAAGCCUUGCUCCGUUAUGUGAAAAUGCGAAGGCGUUGCGUUACUCCCGGCAAACAUACAUUCCCUUUUGUACUGAAAGCUUGUUCCAACUUGAGGUGUACUUAUAUUAGUAAAGAAGUGCAUUGUCAUGUUAUUAAAUUCGGGUUGGAUUUAGAUUUGCAUGUUGGUAAUGGUUUGAUCAGAGCGUAUUCGGUCUGUCGUGUAUUGAAGGAUGCACGAAGAGUGUUUGAUGGAAUUACUGAGCGAAAUUUGAGUAUUUGGACGACGAUGAUUUGUGGGUUUGCACAGAAUGAUAGAUAUAAUGACGCUAUUCAGUUGUUUGAGCGUAUGCUUGCGGAUGGAGUUGAGCCCAACGGAGCCACCUUGGCUUCUGUUUUGUCAGCUUGUGCUCAGUCGGAUAGUUUGCAAUUAGGAGAACAGAUUCACGUAUAUAUGGAAGAAAAAGGGAUAGAAUUAGGAGUGAUUCUUGGCACGGCGUUAGUGAACAUGUAUGCAAAGAAUGGUGCCAUAGUAGAAGCAAAGAAGUGUUUUAGUGGUAUGAGAGAAAGGAAUAUUGCCACUUGGAAUGCCAUGAUUUGUGGGUUAGCUGCUCACGGACAUGCGAAAGAAGCAAUUAACUUCUUUAAGAAGCUAGAACAAGAAAAAGUAAAGCCAAAUGAUAUUACAUUAGUUGGGGUUCUAUCAGCAUGCUGCCAUGCCGGAUUGUUUGUCUAUGGUGAAGGAAUAUUUCACUCCUUGAAAGAGUUGUAUGGUAUAGAGCCCAAGAUUGAGCAUUAUGGAUGCAUGGUUGACAUUCUUGGGCGUAAUGGGAAACUGCUAGAAGCUGAGCAGCUCAUAAGAGUAAUGGUUUUGAAGGCUGACGUGGUUAUCUGGGGAUCCUUAUUACAUGCAUGUCAUAGCCAUGGAAAUAUAGAUAUUGCAGAACGAGUUGUGAAAGAAAUUCUGCUUUUGAAUCCAAAUAGUCAUGGCGUUUAUGUUGUUUUAUCUAAUAUGUAUGCAGAGGCUGGAAGAUGGGAGGAUGUGGUAAAACUAAGGAAGCAGAUGAAGGAAGGAAGCUUAAAGAAAACACCUGGUUGGAGCCUUGUGAAUGAUGCUACAUAAGUUUACCCAUCAUUUAUAGAAUCUUUUGAAGGAGAUCGUAGUUUCAAAUUUCACGGCAAUUGCCAUCGGGACCUGUAUGUAUAACAUCUGUGUGUAAUACGACCAUCGGAUAAGUUCCUUUAGGUAGACUGGAGUUUUUGGAUUAAAGUGAAUAUCAAAACAAGUCUUACCUGAAAAAUGAACCUUCUUGCGUUCUUAGUCAAUCUUUGUUGAAUGGGCUUGCUGUAACCAGAGUGGCAUGGCAACAUUAGCACUUUCUUUGACAUUCCUCAGGCAGUAUUACCUCUCUCAGGAAAACUUUUUAAGCUCCAUGAUUCUGUCAAAAUCCUGGAGGAGGAUUCACAUGAAUAAUGUUGAAGGGACAAACACGCUGUGCUGCCGGAUCAAGCAAUUAAGAUGAAAAAAAUAUUUAUUUUAAGUGGCACUGCAAACAUAAAGCUGCUUACAUUUUCUCAGUUCCCUGGCUCUUCAGAUUGUUCAGCUCUGUUUUAGCUCCUGAUAGUGUUAGUACUGUUUGAAUGAGUUUGAAACAUGGGUAUGAUGAGAAUCUGGGAAACCCGUAGAAAUAUUCUAGAUAGUACAACUCAGACCUGGAAUUGUAACUUGAGGAACUUUUCCAAGAGGGCAAAGGCGCACCUGAAUUCAUUGCUAGGAGCCACAAAUGUGAAAGAAAACUCUGAUUAGAGGGGUUCUGUUGCACAAAUCUGCUUAACUUAGCAUGCCGCAGCAAUGGAACCAGGAUGGCAAAUGGUCAUUGAAUGACAAUGAAAAGUCAGGAUGUCCUACAACAUUUAGCUUCCACAGCCAGACUAUAAAGGUGCUGCCUUUUUUUGCUCGUCAGAUAAUUGAUGUUGCUUUUGCACUUCUGAUGGAAUAAUACUACGUACUGUUCUAUUUCUUCUACGCCUUGUAACCUUCAUGCAUUUACAUCUCGCUGUCUAGCUCCAUGCAUGAAAUGAUACUUUGGCUCAACCAAUUGGACAUAUUGUACUCCAUUUCAAUCAAGAAACUUUGCUGUCUGCUCCACUUCUGUUCCCAUUCUGACAGUCUGUAUUCCAGCCAGAUGUUUUGGUUGAAUACUAACAUUUUAUAAUGCCGCAAGAAUUCCCAUCCGACAGAAGUUUAUA